AUUAUUUGAAGGUGGUAAAAAUGAAAAUUUCCUAAUAAUAAUAAUUAAAAAAAAUUCUUAUACUAAAAGCCUUUAAAGAAAGACAACGUUGAAUACUUCAGCAAUAGCAAUGGACUCUCCGACACCAACAACCGGUGGCCAUACCACCAAUCCACUACUAUCACUCUCCACAUUCAUCCACCGCCUCGGCGCCGACCUCACCACUCGCCUCGACGACACCCGCCGACUCGCCGGCACCUUACUCUCCACCCUCUCUCCGCCGACACCUCGUGCGCGCACCACCUCUCUUCCUUCGCUCUCUCUUCCAUUCGCCUCCGUCGGACAAGCUAAACCCCUGCAAAAUGCCGCUUUGAGCUCUGACAAUGUUGCCAAGUCUCUCGUCGGAACCUCCGUUUUCACUGUUAGCAAUACUAACAAUGAGUUUGUGCUGAUUUCUGACCCUAAUAAUGGUACCAAGUCUAUUGGUUUGCUUUGCUUUCGUAAAGAGGAUGCUGAGGCUUUUCUUGCUCAGGUUCAGGCAAGGAGGAGGGAGUUGCGGAGUCAGGCUAAGAUUGUUCCAAUUAGCCUUGACCAGGUAUACAUGUUAAAGGUUGAAGGAAUUUCAUUCCGCUUUUUGCCUGAUCCUGUUCAAAUAAAGAACGCAUUAGAAUUGAAAGCAUCGGAGACAAAAAGUGGAUUUGAUGGUGUUCCAGUAUUCCAGUCAGACCUCCUGGUUGUGAAGAAGAAAAAUAAGCGGUAUUGUCCUAUAUAUUUUCGAAAGGAAGAUAUAGAGAAAGAAUUAUCUUUGAGGGCAUCGCGAGGACGGGGACCUCAGAACAUAUUGGUGGGCAGUUUAGAAGAUGUUUUGAAGAAAAUGGAGAUAAGUGAGAAGAAUUCUGGCUGGGAUGAUCUUAUAUUUAUUCCACCUGGUAAAAGUCAUUUACAACAUAUUCAAGAAGUGGCAAAAGCGUGAUGUAUAGCGUGCAUUUGUUCUUUCCCAUAAUCUUGAUUGAGCAGCAGAGGGCGCAUUGCAGCAUAUUGAAUAAUUAGAGGUCUCUUCAUCAGUUUACAUUUCUCUUCAGUUCCCUCCCAAAUAUCUACAUCUCCAUUUUCUUUUUCAAGCUUUGACGUAUAGUUUUGUCGGACUUUGCAAGUUGUGAUAACAAAACAAUUAUGACAUCAGUUUCUGUGAAGCAGGUUUGUCAAAUGGCCGAAACGGAUGCUGCAUUCAUCUCAGAGGAAUACCACUUUAUCUGCAUUAUAGUUACAUUCAUAGUCCUAAUCUUAACUAAGGCUGAUUUUGUUGGUGCAUAUUUGAGUGAAUGGGGUUUUCUUCUUUGAUUGUAAUUAACCUGUUCAUGCUUACCUUUGUGCACUACUUCACGAUGAUCAUGCUCAAAAUUUUGUUUUUUCAAUGUCUUUAGUUAAUUUAUAAUCCUUAUUUGGUGGUGUGCACUUCGCCACUUCUCUCGUUUAA